CUGGAGCCGGGAGGCUGCGGGCGGGUGAAGCCGCCCCCGGCCGGCUUGUCCCUGCUCACAACCACAGCAGUGAUGUUCCGUGUGGGGCUGUCAGAGUUGAGGAACAUGAAGGAACUUCCACAGCCUCAUUCCUCAGGCAUGGCGGCUCUGUUCGGAGAGAUCAGCCAGAAGCUGGACUUCUCCAGCUGCGGCGAGGAAGGAAACAGCAGCGACAACACGUCCGAUGACAGCGCCGGCCUCCCGGAGUGCAGCCGCCUGGCCGGCAGGACGCCCCGGGUGCAGCGCCACAGCAGCAGGAGCAACUCCUCCUCGUCCCCCCUGCAGAGCGCCAGCCCCAUUCCUUACGCAUCCUGGAGGAAACUGAGACUCUGCGACACCCCCAACACUCCCAAGAGUUUGCUCUCCAAAUCCUCCCAGCCGUUCUCCAACGUUAAGGUCAGUCACCACCAGAGGAGUCUGCGUUUCGCCUCCGCCGCCGCCUGCCUGGUCCAGGCUCCUUCAGUCAACGUGAAUCCCUUCACUCCGGAAACGGUCCGCAGAAAGAGCGAGGUGCUGUGGAGGAGCGGCAAAGAGGAGGCCCACGAUUACAGCAACAGGUUGAAGCACAGCCUGGCGUCAUCUGAAGAGGAUGAUGAAGCCUUCCUCCCACCAAAGCGCCGAGCGGUCCAGGCCUUCAUGCUGUCGCGCUACGAGAGCGAGUUCCUGCAGCUGGAGUGCAUCGGCGUCGGCGAGUUUGGCGCCGUCUAUAAAUGCGUGAACCGGCUGGACGGCUGUCUGUACGCCGUGAAGCGCUCCAGGCGACCCCUGGCCGGCUCCGCCAACGAGCAGCUGGCCUUGAAGGAAGUGUACGCUCACGCCGUGCUGGGCCACCACCCUCAUGUUGUCCGGUAUUAUUCAGCCUGGGCAGAAGACGACCACAUGCUGAUCCAGAACGAAUACUGUGACGGUGGAAGCCUGAGUGACGCCGUCAUGAAGAAGUCAGCGCAGGGUGAGCUGCUGACGGAGGCGGAGCUAAAGGAUCUGCUGCUGCAGGUGGCGAUGGGUCUGAAGUUCAUCCACAGCUACAGUCUGGUCCACCUGGACAUCAAACCAAGUAAUAUAUUCAUCUGCCAGCAGCCCAGCACCGCUAGUAGAGAGAGUGAGGGGGAAGAUGACGAGUACUCUUCAGGCAGAGUCCUCUAUAAAAUUGGUGACCUGGGUCAUGUAACCUCAGUGAGCCGGCCUCGGGUCGAGGAGGGGGACAGCCGCUUUCUGGCCAAAGAGGUUCUGCACGAGAACUACGCCCACCUGCCAAAGGCGGACAUGUUUGCUUUGGGUCUGACGGUGCUGCUGGCGGCCGGCGCCGCUCCGCUGCCCCCUAAUGGAGAGGAGUGGCACCGGCUCCGUGAGGGGCAGCUCCCCCUGCUGCCGCAGCAGCUUUCUCCAGCUUUCAGAGGCUUACUUCAGUUGCUGCUGGACCCGGAUCCGGUGAAUCGUCCGUCUGCCAGAGAGCUCUGCAGGCACCCGGCGCUGAGGGAGAAGCGGACCGAGCGGCUGAACGCGCAGCUGCAGCGGGAACUCAACGUGGAGAAGUUCAGGACCGCCAUGCUGGAGAAGGAGCUGCAGGAGGCGCGGCAGGCUGCGUUGUCCCUGAAGCAGAACCCUGCUGUGAAACCUCCCAGCAAGGUGGGCUCUGUACCAAGAACGGGGAGGAAACUCGUUGGCAGGAAAACUGCUCGAUCUGUCAGCUUCGAUUGUCCAGGGUACGGAGUCUGACAUUAUGAUGAUCCUGAGAAAUGUGUUCAUUAAAGUUGUGGCUCUAAAUACAAAGUGAAGCAAUCUAACAGGAAUGAGAGCAGACAUGGCUACGUGUUCAUUCUUGUGUGUUGUUGUGGAACUGAAACUCUGCAGAGGUGAAUUUGUUUCCUGCACAUCCUGUAACUGCAUUAAUCCAACAUACUUGGCUGCUCUUUGACUUUUAUCCUUUUUUAUUAUUGUAAAUAAACAUUUUAAUUCCUUUCUAAUUCAUGGAAUUUUUAUUUUAAUUUAACUUUUUGUUUGUUACCAAGUUGUGCUCUUUGUUAUUUUAAGGGACUUUCCAGUGGGAGGGAUUUUUCCCUUUAUCAGAUACUUAGGAAGUGUGAGCCAUCCAGCUGUACGGUCACGAGUUGGGCAGUUCACUGACAUCAGUUAUUUCUAUAACUCUUCCUAACAGACCUCAUUUUAAAUGGAGAAAACUCUUGCAAAAAUAUAUUUUGACAUUUCUUG